AUGUCUGGCGCCGCGGAGCCGCCCAGUCUCCCUUCCGACGAUGAGAAAAAGCUCGGCGUCGAGCCUGGCGAGUUUGAGCCGGCCGCCGUCGUCCAUGACGGCCUGCCUCCGGACCCCGACGCGGGCUUGAGCGAUGAGGAACGCGCUGCCAUCGAUCGCAAACUGCUGUGGAAGCUGGAUCUGAAAUUGAUCCCUUGGCUGAGUUUCCUCUACCUAAUCUCCUUCCUUGACCGUACAAACAUCGGAAACGCAAAAAUCGACGGUCUGCAGGACGACCUGGGCAUGACCAACGGCCAGUACAAUGCCUCGCUGUCCAUCUUCUUCGUCUCGUACUCGCUUGCCGAGCCCCUCACCAACGUCCUACUAAAGCGCAUGCGGCCAAGCGUCUUCCUGCCCGCCAUCAUGUUCAUGUGGGGAAUCUGUAUGAUGACAAUGGGUUUGGUGCACAACUUUGCAGGCCUCGCCACCGCCCGUUUUUUCCUCGGCCUGACCGAGGCCGGUCUGUUUCCGGGAAUCAACUAUCUUUUGAGCUGUUGGUAUAAGAGGAGUGAAUUUGGAGUCCGCGCUGCCAUCUUCUUCUCGGCCGCCGCCCUCGCCGGCUCAUUCGGUGGGCUGCUGGCUGCCGCGAUAGCGCAGAUGGGAGGUGUCGGCGGAAAGCCCGGUUGGGCGUGGAUCUUUAUUCUCGAGGGCCUAGCCACGAUCCUGGUAGGAGGCAUCUCGUUUUGGAUGGUGCACGACUUCCCGGACGACGCCAAGUUUCUUUCCCCAGACGACCGAGCGCGUGUGAUCCGCCGGCUCAAGGCGGACAAGCAGAGCAGCGCCGAGCACGAGGAGUUCAAGAUGGAGUACUUCUGGGCUUCCGUCAAGGACUGGAAAACGUACGCGUUUGCAAUCAUCUACAUGGGAUGCGACGGCGCACUGUACGCCUUUUCGCUCUUCCUACCGACCAUAAUCAACGAGCUGGGCUACGCCAGCACGACCGCCAACCUCCUCUCCGUGCCGCCCUACGCAGCCGCGGCCAUCCUCACCGUCGCCGUCGGAUGGCUGGCUGACCGCACGCGCUUGCGCGGCUACUGCAACAUUGCCAUCUCCUUCCUCGGAAUCAUUGGGUUCGGCAUGCUGCUAGGCUCGACUUCACCCGCGGUCAAGUAUGCGGGCACCUUCCUAGGCGCAGCAGGCAUCUACCCGUGCGUCUCCAACACCAUCUCGUGGGCGUCCAACAACGUCGAGGGCGUUUAUAAGCGCGGCGUCACCCUCGGCUUUGUUAUCGGAUGGGGCAACCUCAACGGCGUCGUCAGCAGCAACAUAUACCGUCAGCAGGACCGCCCCCGCUACCUCGUCGGCCACGGCGUUGUGCUUGCUUACCUCGUCGCCUUCCUGCUCCUGGGCAGCGUUUUCACGCACCUGGCCCUGCGCCGCGAGAAUGCCCGCAGGCGCCGUGGCGAUCGCGACGUCUGGAUCGAGGGUAAGGGUGAGAAAGAGAUCGAGCUGCUGGGAGAUAUGAGGCCCGACUUCACCUACGUUUUGUAA